AUGAAGAAAGAUCCAAGCAUCAUGAAGGAAAACAUGAAAUGGACUCUAGCAAUGGAUGAAGUCUUCAUUCAAGCCCUUUUGGAUCAGCAUUAUAAAGUAUUUUGGGUGGAUGGAACUUUUACACCAACUGCAUACAACAAUAUUAUCAAUGAGUUGAAGAAGAAACUUGGAAUAGAAUUUACCAAAAAUCAUUUGAAGAAUCAAUUGAAGACACUCAAGGAACACUUCAAAGAGUCCUGUGAUUUCUUUAGAAAUGGAAAAUUGAGUGGUUUUUCUUGGAAUCCAUUCACAAAAACUUGGGGCGCUGAACCUGAAGUUUGGGAACAACUUCUACAGGAUAGCUUAGAAGAACUUUUUGCUAAAGAUAGGGCAAUAGGACAGGGUGCUGAAACAGCGAAAGAGAAACGUAUGCGUUGGAUGAAUGAACCAAAUGGAGUGCAGUUUGAAAGUAUUAUUGAGAUUGACGACAUGCUAUCUCAAAAUGAGAUCAGUCUAGAGAAUUUCAAUAAUUCAAGUAAGGAGUUGGAUGCACAACGAUCAAAGGCUUGUAACAACAAACAAUCUCAAGGUACAACAGCAACACAAGGUAAGCAAAGAAAAGUCACAUGUGAUGAAGAAUUUGAAAGUUUGAAGGGUGCGCUUCACAACAUUGCUGAUUCACUAAGAGAAGGUAAUACUAUUCUUGAAAAAUCUAGGCCAGGAGUAUAUUCAGAGAAAGAGAUUUAUGAUGAACUUGUUAAUAUUGGAGUUGAGGCAGACCUGAUUGAUGAUUAUUAUGUGUUCCUUUGUCAAAACACCGAGAAAGUAAGAAGCUUCUUUGGGUGCCCAUCGGAAAGACGUAGGAAUAUUUUGAACAAGCUGAUGAAUGGAUUUUAG